AUGUCGUCUGUCGUUUGGCGAGAGCGUGGCGGCGCGGCGGCCCGUCCGUUCUUCGAGCCGCGCGAGUCACAAGGUAGGUACAUAGAUGCGGACGGUGCAAUCGUCCGUGCCGGUGGCGUUUCUAACAAAUUAACGGCCGAUAUCUCCGCCGGUGUGCCCUGCUCCGUAUUCGUGGCUCCACCUCCCGGCCGUGGCAGUCCUGUUGCCUGUUGCCUUGGCCAGAUCUCUCUUGGCGCGGAGGCACGCCGCCGAGAGAGAUCAUUUUUGCCACGUAUUUGCAAACUGAAUAAUAAAUACGCAGAUAUACGCGAAGAGGCCGCGUUCCGCCUUCACGCAGCUCGCGCUACGCGCGGAUUGGUCGCACCGACCGCCGAGGGGACGGCGAUAUUCAUUCGCCGUCUCUCCGGCUUCCCGAUGGACCUACUUUGUACACGCACACGUGCAACGAUACCUUGUUGCACGUGCACGCGAACGUUCACGGCUGAGAGGGGAGGCAGCGUGUGCGCGAGAAUGCACGCCACUCGCUGUACCAUAUCCCUCUCCCGGCGAUCCUCUCGCUGUGCACACACUCUCUUUCUUUCUAGCUACCUCCCUCUACUCUCUUGAGUAGCCGCUUCUUUCUCGGCCGAACGGGAAACGAGCUUCUGUCCUUUGGCCACCGAGGCGUUUUUCACUUCGCAUCCCUUCCUCUUUAAUACGAUGCUUCACCUUCUAUACCCUAUUUCAUGCUCUCUGUGCAUCGUUCUUUCUCUUUUGUAUUGCUGUAUCUAUGUGGAAUGUGAAGUGAGGCAUAUUUUAUACGAUAUACUGCAAUAUUUAUUGGUUCAUGAUUUAAUUUGUAAGCAAGAAAUUCACGCAAUUAAUAGUUUACCAAUGGAUCCACCCAUACUGUUCGCAGAAAUUUCCAACCUUUUCGCAAGAAACUUAUAUCCCUCGGAUUUUACUCCUGCUCCUACUUGCCUCUUCCACCGUCCUUCUUCGCGUUUCUCUGUCCGCGUUGCACCGGCCGAUCGGCGCGCA